AUGCGUGGAAGUGUGACGCGGACGGUCGUUACGUGUAGGGCACUGGAGCGGUUGCGCGGAGUGACAUCGGCAGGUCUCCGGUGUGUAAGCUUGUGAGAGAGAAAGAGGAGUCCACGGGGCCGGUGGAACAGAACGGGAGCCGAGAUGCUCAACAUGUGGAAAGUCCGGGAGUUGGUGGAUAAGGCCACCAACGUGGUGAUGAAUUAUUCAGAGAUCGAGUCUAAGGUUCGAGAGGCGACCAACGAUGACCCCUGGGGACCUUCCGGGCAGCUCAUGGGAGAUAUCGCCAAGGCAACGUUCAUGUACGAGCAAUUCCCAGAGCUGAUGAACAUGUUGUGGCAAAGGAUGCUGAAAGACAAUAAGAAGAAUUGGCGUAGAGUUUACAAGUCCUUGCUGCUUCUGGCAUACCUCAUACGGAACGGAUCAGAGCGGGUCGUCACAAGCGCCAGAGAGCACAUUUAUGACUUGCGAUCCUUGGAAAAUUACCACUUUGUAGAUGAAAAUGGUAAAGACCAAGGCAUCAACAUCCGGCAGAAGGUGAAGGAAAUGGUGGAGUUCGCCCAAGAUGACGACCGCCUUCGGGAGGAACGCAAGAAAGCCAAGAAGAACAAGGACAAAUAUAUUGGCGUGUCUUCAGAGAGUGCAGAUGGGUUCAGAUACAGUGACAGAUAUGACCCAGAGCCUAGGUCUAAAUGGGAUGAGGACUGGGAUAAGACUAAGACAGGCUUCCCAUUCGGUGACAAGCUGGGGGAGCUGAGCGAUAAGAUCGGGAGCACCAUAGAUGACACAAUCAACAAGUUCCGGAGGAAAGACAGGGAAGACUCCCCUGAGCGGGGCAGUGACAGCGAAGAAGACAAGAAAGCCAACCGUGGUAAAUCAGAGUUCAAAGAUGAAGAAGAGACGGUUACCACCAAGCACAUCCAUAUCACUCAGGCCACAGAGACCACCACCACCCACCGCAAACGUUCAGGGAACCAACCCAAAACCCUCGAUCUGGGAGCAGCUGCACACUACACUGGAGACCAAGACAGUCCAGAGCUCACAUCAGCUUCCGGCCAGCCCCCCUCUGCCAAGACUUCUAGUGAAUUAAGCAAGAAGUCAUCUAAUGAUCUGGUCGAUUUACUAUUUAAUUCGGGACAGACGGCAGGUCCAUCUUCAGAUCCAUUUGGUGAAUUUGCUGACUUUAAUUCACAUGCUAUUCAGUCUUCCGUCUUCCCUGCUGCACAAGCAGCUCCUGCAGCAACUGGUAAUGGAGAUUUUGGAGACUGGGCAGCCUUCAGCCAACAGGCACCUACCCCCACCACACCUUCAGCAGAGUUGUUUGGGGGAACGCAACAUAGUACAGAGUUGUUUUCUGGCUCCGCAACUCAGACCGCCCAUGCUCCUUACAAUGCCCCAGACCUCUUUGACCUCAUGGGAGCCUCACAUGCCACUAUGAGCACAUCCCAGAGCAUGAACCUAUCAAUGAUGACCUCCAGCACAGUGGGCGUUACCCUGCCCAUGUCAAGAUCGCAACCCCUCCAGAAACAAAACACACUUCCGGUAUCUGGGGUAGACCUCAAAACUGGAAAAAAUUUGCCAGCCACCUGGUCCGAUCCAAGCGUCAACAUCUCCCUUGAUAGCCUGAUACCGGGUAUGCAGCCCUGCAAACCAGCUCAGCCCUCACUCAACGCAAUGAUGCAACAGCAGAAUCUACAACAGCCCAUGACGAUGCUACCACAGGGUUUUGCAAGUAUGAACAUUAGUGGAAGCCCGGGCAUGAUGCCCAUACGACCUCCAACUAGCCCCUUGAUGGCUGGCCCAAUACCAGGAGCCAUGGGUAUCCCAAACAUGAUGACCGGCACCAUGGGAAUCCCUCCAAUGAUGAACCAAGGCAUGAUGGGAAUGCCCAACCCCAUGGGAAUGUCUGUGGGAUUGGCACCCGUAGGCAUGCCUCCCAAACAAGAUGCCUUUGCAAACUUUGCCAACUUCAGCAAGUAAAAGCUUUAUCCACCCUGUCCCACCCAAUUCUGGGAUAUGAAGGAUUUCUGCACACUUGACGGCAAAGUGUGGGGAGAAGGGGGAGGCAACCUGGAGGGCUGGAGAGUCUAGUCCUCCAUAACCUAAAUCUUUUAUAAAUGAACUUACAGAUGAGCUGUUUGUAGAGGGAAUGGGGCUAAGGUCUGAAGAGACUGCUCUAUAAGGAGCAUCAAUGCCUUUUAUGUACCAGACAGGUUUAAGCGGGUAUACACUGUCUGCCAUCAGGGUACGCGACAGAGCGCUUUGUCCACCCCCUCCCCUUUUUAAUUCUGGGCUUCUGAUCCCAUCUGGCUGUAAUAGAAUAACCACACACUUAUCCCUACUUACAUUAACACAUUCCUGCCCUCACCGACAUUCGACUGGGCACCCAUGCCACAACCUGAGAAGCAUUUCAUUUUUUUUAAAUUAUAAUAUAUAUGAGAAAUUAUCUAUUUUUGUGAUUUCGUCUGUUCAGUUGCUGCUUUGCAUAAAGUAGACCAGCAUUUUUUACUACACAAGUGAUAUGGUAUCCUCUGGAGGCACAUUGUGCUACAGCCAGGCUGGCUUCAUUACUGUGCGCCAGUUUUCUGGAAUAACCAUGACAAGACAUGUUUUUAGGAUUUCUUUUAUCUGCUAUAAAUGGUACAGUAUGUCUCAAGGAUCCGUAUGUCGCAGCUGAAAGAAGGAAAUCCUUAAACAUGUUGGUGUUGAGAAAUAUUGGUAUAUAUCAUUGUGAAGCUGGAACUUGCACUCUCUUUGUGUUGCAAAGUAGUACGGUUUAUAGUACAGGUAUACUAUAAAGGAUGCACCAUCUUUCCAAGCAACCCUUACAGAUGCUCACCCACAUCCCAUAGAUUUGACGGUUGCUUGGAGUUGCCCAGUCUUUCCCACUGAAAUUCUUCUGGCUGAGCACUGAAUGAAAGAACUUCUGUUUAUUCUUAUGGGAAGGCCAUCAUCCAUGGCUGACAACCUUUUCAUGGGAAGGAGCAGAUCUUGGACCCAGAGAGGUUUCCGUGAAGAGGCUGUCCAGGUCCCAGGGCCACGCAGGGAAUAUCUCUAUGGCCAGAUGAGCAGAAGAUUUGUGGGGGGGGGGGGGGGGGGGGGGGCAGUGAGAUUCAGCUCAGCUUUUGCAGAAUUACUGUACUUAAAAACGUCUUGUGCUUUGUGUCAUGUCUAGUCUAGGGCCAACACUGGUUUGGUCACAGAUAGGCAGGGACCUGUACUUGUGUGUCACAAUCAGCAAGGGGUCUGAACCGGCUGUGCCACAACUAGACUGAGGCCUUUAGUGGCUGUGCCACAACCAGAAUAGCGCUUGCAUCAGCUGUGUCGCAGUCCGACUGGGGCCCUACGUGGCUGUGUCAUAAGUAUGGGUCCUCAGCACCCAUGUUGGCAAUAAGUGUUGGGACCCUUGAGGCUUGGGUCUGCAUUGAUUGUGUUAUAAUGAUCUUUGCACCUGCAUGCUCUACCAUUAAGAUCAUGACCUGCACGAUCUGUCUCCCAGCUUGGCUGGUUCCAGCUCCCCAGUGUUCCUCAACAAGAUGUUUCAUGAACAGUUAGUUCCUCAUGUAGGCUGGCACCAGAAAUGUUUGCUCCACAGAUCAGCUGGCACUAUCACAAUCUGUCCCUGUCUUUAAAGAAAAAACUAAAAAUGCUGAUCAGCUUCUGGAAAUUCUUAUCCUUUUAUGGUGGUCCUAUGGCUUUAGUCCUUUCUGGAGUUCCUGACCUUCUCUGCAUAUAUGUUUCCGGUCAGUGACUUCAAAGUAUUGAAAACAGACAUCAUUUUGACUGUCGGUGAACAAGCUUUUCCAGAAUGUGGUCAGCAGUGGCAGCCAUAUAUUUUUUUUUUUUUUCUUGUCGUAGGCUUUCUGUGCAUUGCUCCACUUUGCAAUUCACCUGUUUUACCUUUUUUUUAAGCAUAAUAAAGUAUCAACUCUGCGGUGACCGUGAAUAUAAGAGAUUACGUUUUGGGUAAUCGUGGCACACAGACAGCGCCUUUGCUUUUUCCCAGUCUUCUCAUCCUCCAUCAAAGUGCUGCUUGUCCCCAGGUCUUAGCAGCAAGGCCUGACCCAUCUAAGGCAGACUCCUUGCAGUCUUCUGUGGCCAACUAAUAUUCCUACAAUCCUCUCAUUCAGUUUUACAGAGGAUUCUGGGAAUUUUAGAUAAGCCAUAAAGUAGAGGCGAGGCUCCUCUUUCCAGCUGCUAUCCUCUACAAAGUGUGACCGAUUUUAGAUUUUAUACAAUUUUUUUUUUUUUUUUUCCCUCUCGCUCCCUUUCCUUUGUAAAUAAGGCAGCAGCCGGUGUUGGGACUCAGUAAUUAAUUAAAUACAGAUCUAUAUUAUUACUAAAGGUGAGCUUUAGCUGCCUCGAGAUUUCUGGCUUGACAUAAAUAAAUAUAUAAAAAAAAUAAACACAA